AUGCUUCAGCUGUUCUUCGCCGUCGCGUUCUCGGCGGUGCCACUGACGCUGUACGUUCCUCCGAUCAGAAACCUCUGCCUGUUCGUGGACACGGUGGAGCAGCUCUACCACCACACCGCCGAGGUGUUUAGUCUCCAGCUCCGCCCUCAACUACGCCUCGCUCUCUCUCGUCUCCUCUCGUCUCCUUCUACAAUAAGGUAGAAGAAUUAUCGCCGCUUAAUUAUCUUUUUAUAAUUCGUAGGGUUUUGUUGGAUAAAUAAAUGAUAUUUCGUCCUUUGAAUUUUGUAUUAUUAAUAUUCACGGUUUCAAAUUAUCAGUUUUUUUUUUGUUAUUUUACGACGAAUGUCGAUUUUAUGUAUACAUAUGUGUGGAUUCAGUUGGUUGUACAUGAACUACGAGUUUUGGGUUUUUGUUGUUUGGAAUCGGACAAGUAUAUUUGGAUGAUUUAA